AUGGGCUUCAAAAACUCCGAUCGUCUCGACAUUAAUGCAAUGAAUGCAGCGGGUGAGACGUGUCUCUACUUGGCUAUUCACAACACUGUUGUCUCCGAGGCCAUCGUCCUGUUGUUGCUUCAAGCUGGCGCUAAUCCGAAGAUUGGCACAACUGACUCCAAGCCAAUUCAUUUGGCUGUGAAGAAAAAUCUCAUUCAUUGUGUCGACCUGAUGUUCAGUUACUACCCCGAUGUCAUUAAUCUUCGAACUCGUUGCAAGAAGCUGUCAACUCUCCAUUUCGCUAAAAAGAAACCCGUAAGUUCGUCCUCUUUCUGGUAA